ACACUCGGAAAACAGUUUAACUUUCCAGACGAUAAAAUUUGAAACUAUUUAAUUUUUACUGACGAAAACUAUAAAAGUGAAAGCCAACCCGUACCAAACAGAAAAAACGAGAAAGAUAGCAAGCUUCGUUUCAGGUUGUGAGUUGUGAGCAACUGAGCAAUGGUUGAUGUGCUAGGUUUCUUGAGUUGAGUCAACAAAAUUGAUAUAAUAUUGAGCGAAUGGAGCGAGCACUGCUGACGAAUGAAUGAAAAUUAAACCGGAAGAAACAUGACUUGACAUUCGACCCAUGUUUUGACCCCUUUCACCUCAGAAACUGCACAAUUGGAGAAUAUUUUGUAUAAAUUUAUUUUCUUUUAGCUGUUUCUACCGUGAUGUUGCUUUGCGAUGAUGUGCUAUAUUGUAGAAAAAGAUGACUUCAAUUAUGUCUCUCGAUUAUAGCCGUGGUUCAUCGCAGACGCUGGAAGAACUUCUGUUCACAAAACCAAGCACGAAACAUGGAAACCCUUAUGAACUUCGUCUACAAAUGCGACCUACGGCUGCAAAAGUCUGUAUAACAGUUCUUUCAUUUUUAGCAGUGUUCUUAGAACAUUUUUUUACAUUCAAACUGCUACGACAAAGUCAAUUUUAUUUAUUUACACACUGGAUCUGUUCCAUCGUCAUCAUCAUCGCUAUCCAUUUGGUAAACAAGCGAAAGUCAAGCUUCUACUUUGACAAGAAGUAUGUAGGAGCUAUUUUUCAUCACUUUCAGUUAUUAUUUUUUUAUGUUCUUACAUUGUACAUAAGUGAAACUGAUUUGGCAACACAAACCAACAGUCAAGGCUCUCCUGCUUUCCUGGUAAAUCUUUGUUUGUUGCCAUUAAUUGUGACAGCUGCAUUAACAUGUGUGACACGAAAUCAAACUACUAGUUGGGUGUCUGCCUUAACUGUAAUCUACUCGGGGCUGAUGUUAAUGACAGUAUGCACUGAUGAUGGUAGCUGUUAUAUCUCCUUCAAAGAUGCUGCAUUUAAUGUUGCAUUUACGGCCUUAUAUGGAAUGUAUAUGAUCAACAUUGAACAAAGUUUGUAUGAACUUUCAGUUAUUCAUGUUCUUUUUCUGAUUAAUAUUGCAUCGGUGUUUUCUGUACCUAUCCUUAUGACAAUUUCAAAAGAAGCUGAAGUUGAAAAUCCAUUUGUUCUUCUGGAAAUAUUGAAACCGACUGUGAUUAUUCCAUUGGUGUGCUUAAAGGCGUUUAAGAUGGUAACGAUGUUAUUGCAAAUAAAGUUAACAAGUGUCACAACUUGCGUCAUGACGAGAAGUCUGGCAUGGAUCCCAACAUGUAUUGCUAUUUCUGUUGUAUGUAAGAUUGAACUCAUGGUUUCCUCAUUUAAAGCUUACUGGAUUGUGUUCAGUUCAUGCCUUCUUUACGUGUUUCCUAACGAUUUUGACUCCAAACGACCGAAAUAAUCUCUGUUAUUUGUGUAAACAAAUUUUGGGCCAAUUUUCAUAUUUGUUAUUUAUUGGAGAUGAAUCCCGUGAUCAAGUUGAUAAUUUAGAGUACCUCUAUGGGAAAAUAUACUGCAAAACAAUGAAUUAUUAUGAAGGUUCUUUAUUAUGAAAAUUAUGUUCUUCCUAUAUGUUGUAAGUUAAACUAUCAAAAACUAAUUGCUCAAGAGCUGUGUUGAAAAUCAUCUUUGAGGAUAAGGAAACAACAAUCCAUUGGAUCGUUGACGGAAACAUUGCACUAAGAACGAAGCUGGUUUUUAUCGAUGGUUUUUCUGCCAAGAAAAAACUAAAGUCGGAACGAUGAAUUUGUUCUCUUCAAAUUUUAUCUAAAAACUUAGGACCAAAACAAACUCGUCCCAGUUCAAAACCCAAUUUUUCAUCCUGAUUUGGUACAUCAUAAACACCAACAUCUCGUAUUGGAAGAUUUCUUGGAUCUUUAGCUCGUAUUUCUAUUUCCGUUUUUCUCCAUGUGUUUCCUUUGAUCUAUAAGCAUGACAAAAACUCUUAGAUGUAAUUUUUGAAAGGAAAUAAUUUUUCAAAUUGUCUAAACAUAUUUGUUGCUUGUUCUUUCAUUGUUCUAUCAAUAAGUUUUUAAAUUGCCUCGUUAAGCUUCAUGAAAUGUUACGUCCAAUAAAAAUCAAUGGUUUUUU